AUGCGGGCGCCGUGCUGUGGGCACCACGGGUCGGAGCGGGUGACAGACGGGCUCAGGGCGGACACGCAGCUGGACACACGCCGGGUCCCAGCAGGACCCUGUGCAGGUGCCGACGAGCUCGUUCUGCGUUCCGGGGGCGGCUGCCAGUUUGUAAAGGAGGAACGGGAGGCCCGGCUGCUGCUCCCAGAGGCUCGGGUGACCUGCCGGCGGCGCCGUUCCCGAAGCCGGGCAGCACCGCUGGCUGACCCUCUCACGGCCUCUCCCUGUCUCGCUCAGUACUUAGGUCAGUUAACGUCCAUCCCAGGGUACCUGAACCCGUCCAGUCGGACUGAGAUCCUGCACUUCAUAGACAACGCCAAGAGAGCCCACCAGCUGCCCGGACACCUGACGCAGGAGCACGACGCGGUCAUCAGCCUGUCGGCCUACAACGUCAAGCUGGCCUGGCGGGACGGCGAGGACACCAUCCUGCGGGUGCCCAUCCACGACAUCGCCGCCGUGUCCUACGUGCGGGACGACGCCUCGCACUUGUGUCCCCUCCAGAGAGCCCACCAGCUGCCCGGACACCUGACGCAGGAGCACGACGCGGUCAUCAGCCUGUCGGCCUACAACGUCAAGCUGGCCUGGCGGGACGGCGAGGACACCAUCCUGCGGGUGCCCAUCCACGACAUCGCCGCCGUGUCCUACGUGCGGGACGACGCCUCGCACUUGGUGGUCCUGAAGACAGCCCAGGACCCCGGCAUCUCCCCCAGCCAGAGUCUGUGUGCGGAAAGUUCCAGAGGCCUCGCCACAGGCUCCCUGUCCGAGAGUGGAGUGGGGCCCGUGGAGGCCUGCUGCCUGGUGGUCCUGGCCACGGAGAGCAAGGUGAGCCCGGCCCUGGGACCCGGCCCCACACUCACACCUGGCCCGGCCCCACCCUCACACCGUCUGCGGCCCUUCAUCCCCGAGAAGGACAGCCAGCACUUCGAGAACUUCCUGGAGACCAUCGGGGUGAAGGACGGCCGCGGCAUCAUCACCGACAGCUUUGGGCGGUACCGGCGGGCCGUCAGCUCCGCCUCUACCUCCACCUCCAACGGGAACAGAGUGGCCGGCAGCUCCGACGACCAGUCGGUGCCCUCGGAGGGGGACGAGUGGGACCGCAUGAUCUCGGACAUCAGCAACGACAUCGAGCUCCUGUGGGAACCCCCUCCUGUGGGAACUGCCCGAGGCUUGGUGUUCUUAUGGAACCCCAGUCCCCUGGCCCACCCCUUGCCCACAGCCAAGUGA